UUUGGCAGUUCUUUCUCCUCCUAGUGGGUGUGAGACCUUUUUUGCGACGAGCACUAAACGGCAUUUCGAAUUGGACUAACAAGGAAACGAUGCAAUUCGAUCGAUUAUGUUCCCAGUAGACCGUUUAUGUCAUUUUUAUUCAUUGUUUCAAAAAAAUAAGUCACUUAAUAUUCCCAGAUUCUGAAAAUAUAGCAAUACUUUUUUAUGCUGCUUAUUCGAGAUUCGUCUUGGAUUUGACCUGCUUAACUACUGAAGUCCUGAAGAGGAUUCGCGGUCUGUCAAUGAGGAACUACAGGCUCAUCUUUUGCCACAACCUGAAGCAGCCAUAGAUGACCAUUCGAUUCACUGAGAGUGAGCGGAGCAGGAGAUAAGGUGAACCUCUGGGUGUUUACGUGCUCAACGACCGACGGAAGCUGCCCCGGCCGCGGAAGCGAUGAGGAAGAGCCUCGGCCCUUCGCUCGGCGACCCCCUCAACACCGGCAGGGUUUUCGGGGUCCCCCUCGAGGAGGUGCAGCUGAGCGGGCAGCCCGGCCAGGGGGUCCCCCUGCUGGUCAAGCACAUCGUGGAGUACAUCGAGGAGCACGGGGGGCUGGACCUGGAGGGCCUGUUCCUGGUGAACGGGAAUGCGGAGCGCGUGGAGUGGCUGCGGCAGCGCUACGACAGCGGGGAGGAGGUGGACCUGGAGAAGGAGGCCGACCUGGCCUCGGCCGUCAGCCUGCUGCGCCUCUUCCUGCAGGAGCUCCCGGAGCCCGUCAUUCCCUCCGGCCUGCAGGCCCACAUACUGCAGCUCUACCAGGAGUACAGCAGUGAAGAGGGGCUGGCCCGAAACAUGAAGUACUUCCUGCAGCAGCUGCCUCAGGUCAACUACAGCCUGCUGCGCUUCCUGUGCCGCUUCCUGUCCAGCGUGGCGUCCCUGCAGGAGGACAGCUGGAGCACCGGGGCGCUCGCCGCCGUCUUCGGGCCCGACGUCUUCCAUCUGGACACCGACGUGGAGGACCUGAAGGAGCAGGAGUCGGUGAGCCGCAUCCUGGCCGAGCUGCUGGAGAACCAGGAGGAGUUCUUCGACUCGGACGAGGAUGACGUCUCCACCACCAACGACUACAGCUCCAUCAACGAGCAAAUCACCGAGCUGCUGGACGACGAGAAGCUGGAGCCGUGCGAGGAGCUCCCCCAGGACCGAGACGACGGCCCGCAGGAAGGCCCCCCCUCCGACGCCCCCGAAAGCACCCAGGUCACCCCCUGCUCAAGCUCACACAUCUCAUCCAUCAGCAUCCUGCCAGGAUCCGCAGAUAUCAUCCAGAGGGCCAUCCGCUCUGCUGUGGAGCAGCACUUCCUGGAUUUACAGAGCUCCAUCGACCAGGAGAUCAGCAGCUACGAGAGCCAGGGGGAGGGACCUGCUGAAUCCCCAGUGACUGAGCCGGCUGAGGAACAUGGCGAAGCGCUCCAGUCCCAAAGCGAGGGGGCCCAGAGCGGCGCCCUCCAGCCGGGCGCGGAGAUGGACCAGAGCUCGGGGGAAGCAGAGCGGGACCAGCAGUCUGUGCACUUCCAGGAGGUCCAGGGAUCCCAUAUCCACUGUGCUGCCCCGGAGGAAACUUCUGGAAUGGAGCUUGACACUAGAGCUCUGGUAGAUGCUGAAAACAACAUCAACACAGCAAGGCAGGAGAGCUGCCAGGCGUGUGAGAAGAUGGACGGCGGGGACCUCAUCACCUGCGCCACCGAGGGCGGGCGCGACCUCAACGCCAACUCCGCCUCCGGCCAGCCGCCGCCCGGCAACCCCCGUCUGGACCUGCGCCACAUCUUCCCCAACGGCGAGUGGGAAGCACCACGCCCCAACACUUUCCCCCUCAUAGACUUCUCAUGUAUGCACCUGCAGAGAGGAGGGCAGGACCCUGUGCCCGCCUUCAAGUCGUGGCAGGAGGAGGGCGAGUCGGGCGAGGCCCAGCUGUCCCCCCUGGCCGGGCGCAUGGUGCCCCUGCCCUUAGAGGAGGACGCCCACCCGCUCCUGGCCCGCCGCUUCCUGGACUUCGGCCACAGUCAGCGCUUCUUGCACCAGGACCCCGACGCCACCUCCCCCACCAAAGCGUCGUCCAGCGGGAGGCCGCGGCGCGCCUCCCUGAGUUCCAAAGAGAGCGUGAAGGCGGACACCGUCUCUCACCAGCUCACCAAGAAACUCCAGAACCUCAAGAAGAAGAUCAAGCAGUUUGAGGAGCAGUUUGAGAAGGAGAGGAAUUACAAGCCCUCUCACGGAGACAAGGCAGCUAACCCAAAGGUCUUGAAGUGGAUGACGGACCUGACUAAAAUCCGGAAGCAGAUCAAAGGAAGACAGCAUCACUUUCCCAAAGGGUCCAUGAGGCACCUGGCGGUGCUUCAGUCACACAGACGCCACUCCUCCUCCUCCUCCUCUUCCUCUUCCGCCCCGAACACACCCCAUUUAACACUCGCACGCCCCCUCACAGCCUCUAGACAGGAACCCCACCUCAACACCAAGCAGAAGAUGGAGGGCGAGCUGGCGCCCCAGAUCCGGCCCCGGAGCAACACGCUGCCCAAGAGCUUCGGCUCCACGCUGGAGCACGGCGCCCAGGAGGGCGGGUCCGAGGGCGAGGCCCGGGCCCGCCAGCCCACCCGCCAGGAGACCCUGGAGCUCAUCCAGCGCCGCAUGAAGGGAAAGAGAGAGGACGACGGCCGGCCCGAGGACAUCCGGAAAAUGAGCAAGGAGCAGCUGUCCUGUGAGAAGACUGUGCUGCAGAAGAACCUCCUGCACUACGAGGGCCUGUACGGACGCCCAGGGACGCGUGAGGAGCGCCUGAUCGUGAAGCCCCUCUACGACCGCUACCGCCAGGUCAAGCAGAUGCUCACCCGCGUCAGCAUCACGCCCAUCAUCGCCUCCCCCUCCAGCAAGAGGCGGAGCCAGACCCUGCAGCCCAUCAUCGAAGGAGAGACGGCCCACUUCUGCGAUGAAAUCAAGGAGGAGGAAGAGGAGGAGGAUUUCAGCGAGGUGACGAGCGAGAGCUCGCCCGAGGUGAUCAUCGCGCUGGACCCCGCCGCCCAGCCGGACGUCCUGCUCCGGCCCAAAAUGGACGACAGCUCCGGGAAGCUGGCCCUGGACCUGCGUCUGUCCAGCUCCAACGCCUCGUCCAUGCCCGAGCUGCUGGAGCAGCUGUGGAAGGCCCGAGCUGAGAAGAAGAAACUAAGGAAGACCAUCCGGGAGUUUGAGGACGAGUUCUACCAGCAGAACGGCAGGAACGCUCAGAAGGAGGACCGCGCUCCCAUGGCGGAGGAGUACAAGGAGUACAAACGGAUCAAAGCCAAACUGCGCCUGCUGGAGGUGCUGAUCAGCAAGCAGGACUCCUCCAAAUCCAUCUAGGGAGAGCCACUGCGAUUGGCUGUCGGGAGCCUGAGAGCCAGUGAGGUCGGGGGUCGCGGUACUGAGCGCAUGCCAGCUCAUCCCUCAAAACGCACUCCAGCAUCACCGCCAACCCCCCACACACACACCCUAAUGCCGACCCCCGCUCCUCACUGUGGUGCCAGCAGCAUCCCGAGGAGGAGGAUGAUGAUGAUGAUGAUGAUGAUGAUGAUGAUGAAGGGCAGCGGCUUUAUCCCACCAGUAAAGACUCGGCACGCGCCUCCUUCGAUCCCUUCAGCAAACAGAAGACAUCUUUUGGUCCUCUUUAAGUUAACUCCUCCAAGUUGGAUGUUUUUGUUUUGUUUUUCGGUUUUUUUUUUCGUUCUUUUCAUUUCACUUAGUUUCUCAUACUGAGAAAUUGUUAUGGGGAGAAAGCAAUGCAUGUGGACGGGCUGUAGUUCUCCUGUCUGUCGUACGUACACACGUUUGAAUGGAACUCUUCCUUUGAGACGAGGGAACUCUGCACAGCUCGUUGUCGACAUACAGACUCGCGUGGAUCCAUUUCGCCAACUCUCUCACCCUCAAAUAUUCUGAUUCUGUUACACUUGAGUGAAUUUAAUUUCUUAUUUUUUUAAAAGCAUGGACAUGUGUGUGUAUGUACAGUAUGUGUGUAUAUAUACAUACGAAUGUGUUUGUGUUUAGAUAACACGUUUGCUAGUAUCCUUCGUUUGUUUAAACUAACGGAGAGAUUUUGGGUGAGAGAUGUAACUUAGGAUACAUAUUCGUAAUUUUCGAGUUAAUCUAGACUCAUUUGCCGCGAUGAGAACUGACAAAAGAUGAACCAAAUGACUUAAGUAGGUUUAAAUUUUAGCUUUUUGCAGUUGUGCUCGGAUCUCUGAACAACUUGUUUUGCAUGCUGUGGGUUAGCGGGUUAGCACUGUGGGUUAGCUUCGCUGCAUCCUAGCAGUGCUGCGUGCUAGCGCCACUGCUAACACACAGUUAGCCGUGCUGCCUGUUAGCGGCACUGUGGGUUAGCGGCGCUGCAUACUCGCAGUACUGUGGGUUAGCGGCACUGUGUGCUAGCAGCACUGCGGGUUAGCGGCAUGGUGGGUUAGCAGCGCUGCCUGUUAGCAGUACUGUGGGUUAGCAGCACUGCGGGUUAGCAGCGCUGUGUGCUAGCAGUACUGCGGGUUAGCGGCAUGGUGGGUUAGCAGCGCUGCGGGUUAGCAGUACUGCGGGUUAGCAGCGCUGCC